AUGAGCUAGGAGUAGCUUUAGUAGAUAUGUUUAUAAGAAAAAAAAGAAUUUGAUUCUGAAAAAUAACAUGAGUAUUCUUCUCCUACUUAUAGAGCUAGGUCACUUUCAAGAAAUAAAGCUAUAAAUGGAAAUGUCUAGGAAAUGAACCACGAAAAGGCCAUUUAAAGUGUAUGCUCAUUAGGAUUAAAUUAUUUCAUAAGUAUGUCAUGUGACAGAUAGAUAAAAAUAUGGAAUUACUCAAAUUUGUAAGCUAUAUUUUAAUAUUAAAGUGAGUAUUCCUGCUGCAAUAACUUAUUAAAAAUUGGAUUUUGUCAUUUUUUAUAAAUAUCUGGUGAUCAUGGAUAGUAAGUACAAUUAAUAGAAUGGAAUGAAAUGAAAAUUAUUUAAUCUCUUAAUUUGGAGGAAAAAAUUGUUUAUGCCUAAUCUUCUCCUUAUCUAGCAUCUGAUCACGUAAUUAUUUGCGGUGAUAACAAAGGUUCUUUAUAUAUCCUGAAUAUAGAUAUGAAUAUAAUAUCAUCAUAAUAAAUGAAAAACAACCAUUAAAUUUAGCCUCUAAAGCUUUUAAAAAAAAUAAAAAAUAGAGAUAAUAGCAUAUAAAUGUAAAGCGUUACUUCAAUAUGCUUUUUGUAAGAUUUGAAUAAAUUAGCAGUUGGAGGAGAGAAAGGAAGUAUUUACUUUUAUAACAUUCAGAAGUCUAAAAUAUACAAACAUAUACCUAAGGCACAUAUAAAUGGAAGGAAAGUUUCUUUCAUAUCAUAAUUUUCAAAAAAUGACAAGCAGUAUAUUGUUUCUGCAGGUUGUGAUUAAUACAUAAGGCUAUUUGAUGAAGAAAGUUUAGCUGUUUUAAAAUAAGUUUCUUUAAAUAAUCCAAUUGUUUGUGGAGUAUAAUUAGAUAAUUAAUUUGCUGCUUUUGGUGAAGGAAGGCAUGUUUUGCUUUUAAAUCUUAAUGAUUUAUCAGUAUUUAGCUUAGCUUUACAUAAAGCAAGAGUUAAUGUUAUUGAUAUCGAUAGAGAUAAAUAAAAUUUAAUUAUAGGUGAUAUUAAUGGCUUUUUAAAAGUUUGGCAACUGAAGUAAGAUCUCAAAUAGCUUGCAAAUGAAAAUUCCUAGUAAUUAUCCUCUUUUCGGUAAUCAAGGUAAUUAGAAUACCCAACGGAAGUUAGAAAAUCUGUUAAACAAGAAGAAAAUUUUUGUAAUGGAAGCUACUCUUCAAGGAAUGAAUUCAAUAAUUUUUCUAACAGUAAUAGAUAUGAAUCUAAUUCUUAAAAAUUUAUUAAGAAUGUCUUAAAAUCUUCUAGCAACAAAAAGCAAUUAAUUUAAACUAAAGUAAGUUCAAGGGAGAAUAGUGUUAGUAAAAGUUAAAGCAAAUUUAAAAUUCAAUAUAGCUAAGAAAAGAAAAAUAAAAACUUUUAGUUUGAUAGCUAAUUUAGCGAUUAUAAUGGAUUUAGCACUGAUAAAAAGACACCUCCAAUUGACUAGAACCCAAGCACAGUUUCAAGUUAAUCAUACGCUGCUUCGAGUAACUAUUUAAAGAAUAGUAACUUGUUAAGAAGUAGCUCAGGUUAAAAGAUUCCCCACUUUAUUAUUCCUUUGUAGACUUAAAAUCAGAAUAAACUAGAAUCUAGAUCUUUACAAAGUUCUUAAAAGUUGAAAAAUGGCUAAUCCUCACCUCAAAAUAAUAUUUAUAAAAUAGUCAUUAAUGGAGACUAAAAAACUAACUUUGAGAGCUUGGUAAAUGUUCAGUCAGCAGAUUAAAUAGAAAAAUUAGGUUAGAUAGGUAGCAAGUAAAAUUCUAUCAAGAAUGAGUAAAAUAUUAUUUAAACAUCUCACUUAGAGGAUAUUUAAAAUAUAGAUUCCUAAAGCAUUUCAUCAUUUUAAUUAAAAUUGCUUUUUAAUACAAAUCAAAUAAACUCAGAAGAUUUUAGAAAUCAAAGCAACAUACCUGAGAACUUUACACAAAAAAAUGGAGAAAAUAUUAAUUCAUAGAAUAAUUUUGUAGAUACAAUAAAUUAGAAAGAAGAACACGCUAGUGAAGAUAAUUUUUAUUAUUAAAUAAUUAAAUAAAAAAUUAAUUAAAAUUAUUAAGAAAUGAGCUACUUAAAACCUUAAACACCAAGCCAAACUAUCAAUUAAUAUCAAUCGAAUGCAGAAAAUUUAAUAUUUUAAAAUAACUAUGGAUAAUAAAUAAAUUUAUAAAUGAAGGAAUAAACGAUGAAUACUUAAUUUUAAGUUCCUAGUUAAAAUUAAUAAAUUACAUGCGAGCCUUAUGAUAUUUAAGAUUAAGAGUUAAAAGAGAAACUUGAAAUUGAAGAAAGAGAUCUUAGGACAUAAAUAAAAUAAUAAUAAGAAGAAUUUAGAAAUUCUAUUUUAAAAAUUUAAAGCUAAAGAAGCUUAUCAUCAAGUAUGCAAGAAAAAAGCUCAAUAAUGUUAGAUCAAGCAGGUAUUCCAGUUACAUACUCUGUUGCAAGUCAUCAUUUCUCUACAGAUAAUAAUAAAGAUAAUAACUUAUAAGAAAAUUAGUAAUCCCCUAAUUUGUAAAAUACAUAAGUUAUUUAACAAUAGAUGUUAAACAAUACUGGUGAAAAUGCUGUAACUUAGUAGUAAUUCAAGGAGUUACUCAAUUAAAUAAAUAUGGAAUAAGAAUAGGAUACUCUAAUUUAAGAGCUAAAUCAAUAGGAAUAGGAACAAAAUGCCCAAUUAAAUUUUUAAAAUUUAACUAUACCUUAGCAAGUAUAAAGAUAUAAUCAUUUUUAGAUGAAUCAAAACAAAAAUGAUUAAAACUAUAGUGAAUUUAAUAAAAGAAUUGUACUUUUAGAAGAGCAAUAAAUGUAUAACCAUAAACAAAUUAUUGAAAUUAGAGAAAUGUCUCAUUAAAACUUUGACGAAAAUCAAAAAAUAAAAAAUGAAUUGUUUGAAAUAUAACAGAGGUUAUAAAGUUUAAGCUAAUCAAAACGCUCAAAAAAUGCUUCUUCUUUGUCUUCAAGAAAGUAGUCUUUAAGAGAUUUUAAAGUAAAUAAAUAAUCUUAGAUGUCAAGCUAAUUUCUGUCACCUUGUAGGAUAAAGGGGAGACUUGUUAACAGCUUUUAAGAAUCAGAAAAAAGAAAUAGCUCAAAUGAAAUAAAGAAUUUAUAAGAAAAUUAUAUUGGAAACGAAGAAAAUUAAAUGAAAAAAAGUUUAAGAUAAUAAAUUAAUGAAACCAUUUAGAGCUAUAAGUAAUCUUAACAACAAAGUCUGAGAAACUCCUAAAAAUUGAUGACUUAAAAGUUUUAAUCUCCUUGUAAAAUAUAAUCUAUUGAUAUCAAUUCUCCUCCUAAAAAUUAUAUUCAAAUUAAUAAAACUUAUAUAUCUCCUCUUAAAAUAAAUUGGAAUUAUGUUAAUAACGAUCCAUAGCUUAUUGAAUAAAUUAAAUUAUCUUAACAUAAUAACAAAAUGAGAUCCUUAAGCACUGAUUUUUUGGGUUUAAGGAAGCUUAAAGAAAAUUUUAAGGCAACUGAAGAGUAAAAUCAACAAUAAAAAAAGCUAAAUUUCGACUACUCAUCUAAAUUAAGAUAAAAAUCAGCAAAUAUGAAUUUAUAGAUCAGUGUGGAAUAGAAUAAGUAAAUUGAUAUCCUUCAUAAUACUAGCUAAACAAAUAUUUCUGCUCUUGAUGCGUAUAAUAAUUAUAAUUAAAUUAAGGAAGAAGAGAUUCAUAAGCAUUUUUAAAAUAUUAGUGCGAUUGAAGAAAAGUAGUAAAAAAAUAAUAUGUUUUUCACUUCCGUAAAUUCUUAAAAUAAUUUACAAUAAAACUAAGAACAAUAAUUGUGUAAUGACAAAUAAGCAAAUAAUUUAAGUAGUAUUUAAGUAUCUCAUAAUUUAAUUUAAAAUAAAUAAAGUAAUUAUUAAGAGUAAAAGUAAGAGUAAAAUUAAAAUGACUAUAAAAGAAAUAACUUUAAAUAGUUAUUAAAUAUUACUUAAGGAUUAAAUUCUGCUUGCUAAGAUAAAAAAUUAAUUUAAGGAGCUCAAACAAGUCAUUAAAAUGCAUAUAACUUUGAUAUUAACCAAAACUCCAAAGAAUUAUAAAUUGAUGAUUAAGUUUCAUAAGGUAAAUUCUUUUAGCAGCAAUAGCUCUACCAAUAAAAUUAAAAUAGUAUGCAGGAUCCCUAUUUGAUUUCAGCAUAUGGACUGAAAAAUAAAAAGCAACCUAUUUUAAAUAAUAUAUUAAAAAUAAAUGAAGAAAAAGAUGAAAAUAAUGAUACUUUAUAGAAUAUAUCUUUAUCUCUAAACCAACCUCUGAGUAGUUUUUUGACAAAUGUCCAAACAAAUCAAACAAAGCAGAAUUUUUCUUCUUCUUAAUAAAUAACUGAAUAUCCAUAACAUUUCAUUCCUGUAGGAAAUUAGAAAGAUUUAAAGAGUAAUGGAGUUAAUGAGGAAGAUUAAGUUAAAUCAAUAUAAUCUGUUUAGUAACAAUAAAAGCCUAUAGUUGAGUAAGAUCAAUAAGUAUUUGAUUAAUAGAAGGAAAAAGAUAUUAUGAUUAUUUAAAAUUCUUAAAAUCUUUCUUUGAAGGUUUAAAAAGAAUUUGAAGAGUGUGUCUAAGGAAUGAAAGAAACACUCGCUUAAAACAAAAAUGAUCUUGAAAUUUUAAAAUAAGAAAUGAGAAAUAUGGACAAUAGAAGAAAAAAGAGUUUAGGUAAAAUACCAGAUCACUACAGUUCAGCUUUAAAUUUUAUAUAAGAAUAAAAUUAAAUAGAAUGGGAAAACUCAUAGAGAAGCUAUAGCUCAAGAAAAAAAUGA